AUGAGUAGAAAGGGAUUGGCAGUGAUGACGGGCUCGGAUUCGCGGUACGGUUCUUGGAGCGGUGGCGGCGCGCGCGACCAGUCCGAAAUGUACCAUUUCGGCUGGAUUCCCCAGUUUGGUUGGGCCCGACCGAACAUGGGGAGUUCAGCUGGAAGUGGUACAGAGUAGGGCUGGGCUUUCUCCACCAGUACCUUCUCGCUUUCAGCGGGAAGCUACUGGUGGAGAAGGUGAAGAAGAAGGAAGAUGGAGAGGAGAUGGUGAAGAAGAAGAAGAAAAAGAAGAGGAAGAAGAAGAAAAAGAGAAAGAAGAGGAAGAGGAAGAAGUUACAGUAUACUGUAUCUCUUUUCUUCUUAUUACGUCUUUUGUUCUACUUCAAACCUCUUGAUCAUUUUUUACAAUACAACUUAAACCUUGAAUGA